AUGACUGAGGAAUUGGACGCAGACAUCACAGUCAAUGCACUGCUGAAAGAAAUUGAUCACGAAAUGCAGGUAACAAAGGAAUAUAAUAAACAUUCAAGCUCUACACCUGAGGAGACUCUUAGUAUACUAUUCGAGGAAAGUUUAGAGGAAAUUGAAUGUGCGAAUGCAUCUUUGGACAAUUCUGAAAAAGUCGAGCUUGGUUCUCCUGUAAAAUUGCAAAAACAACCCACAGUAAAAUCAUUUACCAGUUUAAGAAGUCCAGGUAAAUUCAAAGAAAUGGUUAACGACGCAUAUGAAUUGGAAAGCCCAUAUCCAGACUCUAACGUCUCGCCUUCUAAAGAUGUGGUAUUUAGUUUGAAGGGCACCAAGCCGUUGUUAUCCUACUCCGCUUCCACUGAUAAAAUGUACACGGUUAAAAUAAAUCCCUUGGCUGAAGAUAUGGAAAACGAUGAUUCCCCCCUCGAAUUGACGCAAACUUCUCCACAAGUUCGCCAUUCUCCUUCCAAAAUACCUAUAACAAAUAUUAUAUCCAUUAACAAGUUUACAGAACAAUUGAAGGUGGAGGCUUCAUUUUCUCAUUCUGAGCAAGAGGAUAACGAUACUGAGAAUGACACAAGUAACGAAAAUUUAUUAAAGACCAUAAGGUAUGAAACAGAAAGAGACGCAUCUUCUGGAAGUUUUGAAGAACCACAGCAUCUCCAUCUUCUUGAAUCUAUAGAGAAAUCAUUUGAAAAUGAUGGUGUCCUUAUGAGAAACAAAUUAAAUCAGACUAUUUUGAACACUACAUUUAAUGAACCAGCUCCAACGUCACCAAAUCCAAGCGUAUCACCAUCUUUAUCGGCCAUGGUUGACGAUCUUGACAUAUCAAGCAAUUUGUCCAGAUUCCCAAUGGAUACGGAACCAAAGAACUUCAGUUCAGCUUUCAAACUACAUGAGGAUAAUGUGUUACAAUUGAUUCCGGCAUCGACAUAUUCCCAAGAUACGAGUGUUGACGAUGUUGAAUAUAAUAGUGGACCUGAAUUUACAAAUGAUUUGGUCCAUACAGUAAGUAUCGAAUCUACUUCUAAUGAAAAUGAAGAGGAGCUACUUGAACAGGCAUAUUAUGAAGAAAAAAAAUGUAAUCAACAAGGCAAUCCAUUACUUGAAGAAAAUGAUUGCAAGAAAAAAGAGCAAGCACAGCCUGAAGAUGUAACCCAAACAAUUGAUCUUCAACCCAUCGUCACACCAAUGGUUACUCCCAAGUUACCAGAAUUACCAAAAAUGGAAAGUAUGUUUCAAGAGGAUCCUUUUGCAGAUCCAGAUACUUCAGGUGACUCAUCCUUACCACCAUUCCCUUAUAACCAUAGGGAAAAUGCGGCAAGGAUGCAACAACCAAGAUCAUAUUUGAAUAUAUGGCAUAACCAAGAAUCUAUAACAAGCUCCAUAGUAUCUACAUCUUCUCCCACAAUUAGUUACGCAUCCAACUUUUCACAUGACUCAGAACUUACAAAUCCAACUACAGUGGCUAGCAUAAGUCUACAAACCCUCUCUAUGCCAAGCAUGAGUAAAUUCAAAUUUAAACCCAAAUUGCAUACAAGACCAAGAGUCAUUUUGGAUCCUAUGAGGCGAAAUACGAUUAAAUCGAAAAAGAUUCAAGAUAAUGUAAUUCAUUCCAGAGAUUUGAAAUCGGAAAGUUACAAAGAAGAUACUAAUAAUGAUGCCAUUGACUUAUCAAAUGUUGGAGAAUUUGGGAACUUUUUAAAUUUUUUUGAUAGUGAGCUUCAAGAAAACUUGGUGUCAAAUGAUAUAAACAACAGUAACAUUGAACGAGAUUAUAUUAAGUUUAAAGUCUGGGAUGACGAAAUUUAUGAAAAUGGACAUCUCAUGGAUUUGGACAUAAAUAAAUCAAUGUCGAGGGACAUUAUUGAAGAUUUGUUAGAACGCAAUAAUGACGAGCCAGAUUUACAUUCUGAAAACAAUGAAACGAUGGAACUGGGUUUAGGUAUUUUAAGAACCCCAAAUAAACAUGUUUCAAUUAACAAUGCGCAAAGUAUUCAUGGUUAUGAGCCUAGUAUAAGCGAUACCGAAUCAGUUAUUACCAGUUUACUGAUUGAGAAUCUUGAACCGAAAGUGUCAACUCCAAAUUUGAAUGCACCAGCAAAAAGAGAUUCGCACAUUAGCAGCCCAUUCAAAGUGUUACCGAAAAAGGUCAAGAAGGAAGAAGAAGCCAAAAAAGAAGAAUCACUUUUGAGUGUACAAGAAGCACCUGUUCAAAAUGUUCCUAUCAAGAAAGUAGCAUUUGCAAACGUUGCUGAAAAAUCUUCAGACAAGAAAGUUACUAACAUGGAUCGAGGUGUUUUGUAUAUCAAAGUGAAGCAAAUAGCUGAUUUAAAACUUCAAGCAAUUAGCCAUCAUAAAGCGACAUAUUGCAUUGAAUUUGAUAAUGGUAAAAAUGUCACUAGGACGGAAUGGGAGAAAUUUCCAUCCGGAGGUGUUUUGAAGAUUGACAAAGAAUUUGAAGUGCCCAUCAAAGCAGAGUCAGAUGAUGGAUUUUUGCAAAAGAUUGAGAUUAUUUUGAAAUGCCGUUAUAUUAAGCCUGAGAAUGAAUUAGUGGAAAUUAAGGAGAGAGUUCCCAUUGCAAAGAUGUUUCCAUUUGGGAAAGUAAAAUAUGUUACUCAAACAAGAUUCAUUCAAAGACCUUCCAAAAUUGAUAAUUGGGAGUAUCUUUUUGCGGAAGAUGGAUCCUUUGGUAGGACCUCAUUUACAAUAGACGACAAUUUUUUGAACCAAUAUCAAUUUAUUGAAAAUUCGAACCAAUUUGACUUGACAAAUAAAUGGGCUAGAAUACCGAGUGCAACCAAUGCUAGCAAGACAAGUGUUAUGAAGGGUAUGUACGAAUUACCAAGAAGAUCACCUUUCAAAGUGGCUAAUAUUGAAAUAUCAUUCUGUUAUUUGAAAAGAGAGUCUGAGCUGGAAAGAUUUCCCAAGAGUUUGAAGUAUGCUCAUACUAUUCUUGAUAAUUAUAAAGCCCAACAAGAUAUUCACAUGGAAGGCUUCUUAUUCCAAGACGGUGGUGAUUUGAAUGGGAUGAUUCAAAAGAGGUAUUUCAAAUUGAACGGGAAUGAAUUGAUUGGAUAUCAUGAAAUUAGCAAUGAACCCAAGAUUUCCAUUAAUCUUUUGAAAGUGAGCAAGAUAGUUGGACAAGAAGAUAUGCUUAACGAUGUGAGUGUAAACAAUGAGAAAAGAAUCAUGUCCAACUUUGUAUUAAUGGGUGAAUGUUUCCAAUUGGUAUUCGAUAAUGACGAAGUGAUAACUUUUGAUGUUGAAGGUUCUAAGGAAGUGAGAGAUGAAUGGUAUCAAAAAAUCAAUAGAGUUAUUGAUUUGAAUUCUUUUCAUCAACCUUGGGUGAAGAAAUUUACUGAAACCAUGAAAAUAAAUAACAUUGAUUUUUGA